GGUUCUUGUCGCUGUGCAACUUGACCGCUGCAGGACGGCGCAGCAGACGUUCCAAAUUGUCUUCAUCUCAUCCUCUCUUUCGUCGCCCGGGGAUUCGUGCAGAGAUGUCUGUGCUUCCCCUUUCCUCUCCCACCUUACCACACAAUGGUGGCGGGCCGACUUCACUGUCGACCCGAAUCCCUAUCAUCUUCAAACGUCUACUACGGUUCCAUCAAAUGGACUUUGAACUGGCGGCGUGGCAGCUGACGUAUCUAUGUCUUGCACCAAAGAGAGUCUACCGGAAUGUGUACUUUCACAAACAGACCAAAAACACUUGGGCGAGAGACGACCCUGCAAUACUCAUCCUCAUAGCAGGGUGUCUUGUCGUGUCUGCGAUUGCCUGGUCGGUGGUGUACUCUUACUCCCCAUUGCGAGUUGUGCAGUUAGCAUUUCUCAUGAUCUUCCGAGACUUCCUGCUCGUCGGAGCAAUCGUUGCCACACUUCUCUGGCUUUUCGCCAACAAGGUGCUUCUCUCUCCCCCGACACAUUCGUCGCCUUCAGAUUCAAGAGUAGAAUGGGCCUAUGCUUUCGACGUCCAUACAAACGCGUUUUUCCCGUUCUACCUGACCCUGUAUCUUGCGCAGUUUUUUCUGGUCCCAAUUGUCCUCAGGAGCAACUGGAUAUGUCUCUUUGUUUCGAACACCUUGUAUCUGGCUGCCUUCGCACAAUACUUCUACGGAGUCUACCUCGGUCUCAACGCUCUUCCAUUCCUGGUUCGUUCCGAAUUGCUGCUGGCGCCUCUUCUUCCGCUCUUCACAGGGUACAUUGUUUCCCUGCUCGGCUUUAACGUAGCGCAGCACGUCCUCUCAAUGUACUUCGGUUCAUAAUCAAGUAAAUAAUGAACUCGUGGACUCUCAU